GGGGUGAUUUUCCUCUCUUCCUGGCCCUGCCUCCUCCUGUGAUUAAAUUCUUGUGUCACAGUUUGGGAGGCGGUCGAGAAGAGUAUGAGGAAGCUGACCACGGGCUGAACAGCUGCACUGAGGGAAGGGCGGAAAUGUCCUCUCCUGGGGAGACCCUAAAAAAAAAGUUGGAGGAGGAAUUGAAGCUGAACAGUGAGGACUUGAGGAGCCACGCAUGGUAUCAUGGGCCCCUUCAACGACAGGAGGCUGAGCAGUUACUUCAGUUAGAUGGAGACUUCCUUAUCAGGGACUCACUCUCUGCACCUGGGAACUUUGUACUAAGCUGUGCGAAAUCUGGGCAGGUUCUGCACUUUAAGAUCAUUGCUGUCACCUUACGCCCACGUCGAGGGAUAUCUCCGAUACGCUAUCAGCUUGAGCAGGAUCAGUUUGACAGCAUCCCAGCUCUAGUCCGCUCCUAUGUAGGAGACAGAAGGCCAGUAUCAGAUACAUCUGGAGCUGUCAUCAUUCGUCCUAUUACCAGAACGCUGCCACUCAGUUUACUGCAAGAGAAACAUGAAGCACGGGAAAGGGACAGAGACCACAGAAGGAGCCUUUAUGUGUCUGACAACAAUCUCCUAAGAAACAAAGACAGAUUUGGGAGUCAACCAGGAAAUCUUGACACACUAAGGGAUAGACCUCUGCAGAGUGCACAGUCUGACAGUAACCUACUCUCAGCUACCCCAGCAGAAGCAUCUCUUGUUAAUCAGGAGCAAGUGACUGUCCCCUUAUCACCAAUUUUUCGCACUGGAAGUGACCCUGUCCUUCGAGCCAAAGGAUUUCCACACCCUACUUUGGAUGCUGCAGGGUCUACUGCCUUGAGGGGUUCAGAUGGUCAGCUACACUGCAAAGCUCCACCAAAGCCCUUGAGGGCCCCUUCUAUAUUGUAUCCAGAGCCCUCAGAAGAGGCAGAUGCAUACAGUGAACUUAUACCUCGAGCACCUACAACCCUCAGAAGACAAGCUGAUUCCUUAAAAGUAGAGGAAAGAUGGAGAAACCGCAUUCGAGCAACAGAAACAACGUUUGGAUUUCUGGACUCAGAAAUAUCCCCAAAGGAGUAUAAUGUUGGGCUGGAAAAUGAAGAGGCACUCAACUCUGUGACAGUAAAUUCUAUGGUAAACCUGCCUGUAGUGGAUGAUGAAGACAAUUGUUUUGUGAGACCACAGAUCCAGACCACCUCUUCCUUCCAGCCAAAAAACUUUUCAUCUAUACUUCUCUCUCCCGACAACAAGCCAUUAGAACCUAAUGCCCUGAGAAGACUGAAAGAGAUUGUAAGUCAAAGUGACUGCCGAAAGAGUGCCUUGCACAUACUGCGAGAGGACUGUAAAGAGAUGCGCAUUUGGGGUGUUUCUCCAGAAGAGCAACAAUUGAUGGGAGUGCAGUCAGGGUUAGAGUUAGUGACAUUACCUUAUGGACAGCAGCUUCGACGUGAUCUCCUGGAAAGACACCACCUACUCUCCCUAGGGGUAGCUGUGGAUAUCCUAGGUUGCACAGGAGCAGUGGUAGAGAGAGCAAAUACAUUGCACCGUAUUAUUCAGUUGGCAGUGGAGUUGCGGGAUUUUGCAGGAGAUCUCUUUGCUUUCUCUGCUGUUAUGAAAGCCCUUACACUCCCUCAGGUUACCCGCCUGGAACAUACAUGGCAGACGCUUCGUGAGAACUAUACCCAGAGUGCAAUCUCCUUCCAAAAACAUCUAAAACCAGCUUUGAUGGAGCUGGAUGAAUGUAUCUCUCUGCCACCUUCCAACGGUAUUGUAGUCCCCCACAUUCUCCCUGUGCUCCGGGCAAUGGAGGGGGAGCUUGACUGGGGGGGGCCUGUGGAGGACAGCUGUGGACGACUACUCCGUGUGCUGCAGGCUGCUAGAUCUUAUGCUACUAAUGCAGAAGUACACAGAAAUAAUGCAGAAACCAAGCUUGGAGGAUUUGAGCCUCACCCGGAGCUGAGGGAAGCUUUCCAGACAGAAUUUUCUAUGAGGCUGUUUUGGGGAAGUAAAGGUGUUGGUGUGGAACAGAGUGAACGAUACAAGAAGUUUGAUCAAAUCUUAACAGUUUUAUCCCAAAAAUUGGAGCCAGACAGUGAGAGACGCAAAACUCUGAGUCCUGUAUAUGGAACUGUCCGCUAAACUAGUCUGUAUAACUUAUCAUAUGUCACUUCUUUAUAACACUGUUACUCAUUGCAUCACUUUGUGAUGCUAUAGGUAAUAUAUAGCAUAUCACUGUCAUAUAGUGUGUCGGUGAUACUCAUUACUACAAAUUAUUUUAACUAUGUCACACUGAAUGUUCCUGUGAUACUGCGCCAGUGUUAUCAGUUCAACUUUAGUGAGACAAUAAGAGCUGAACGUUUGCACCCUAUUUAUGAAAGUGUCCGUUAGACUACUCUUCACCCCACAUUUCACCUACUGCGACAAUGGUAUCAUACACCACACUUUAAUAAUGUUACACAAAACACUAGGCUUGCCUUUGACACUGUAUCAAAUCACUGCACCUUAUUGUUAUUCUGUCACAUUAUGUAGCUCACAAUAGCAAUUUAUCACACGUUAUAAUUCCAUGUAACACUACAACAUCCCUAGUACACUAUAUCAAAAAGGACCCACUCUAGUGUAUGACACACUGCUCUUCCCUGUUACACAGUAUAUGACAAAUGUCACACUGCAGUUUCUUUGUGAGAAGACUAUACUAAACUAUUUCUCAUAGCAAUACUUUAAAAUAUUACAGGGAAAUUUGGUGUGCGUGAAAUAAACUACAUGUUCCUAUAAUAUAGUGUUAAUACAGUACACUGUUACAUUGUAUCAAGGUCAGUGCCUUCAUGUAACUAUCACAAACUGUCUCACUGUGAGAUUUUGCCAUAUUCUGUACAUCCCUUUCUAUUCCUGUGCUAGUUUAUAGCAUACACCAGAAUUAUGCAAAACCAUAGGACAUAUUUUUAUUAUUUCCCUACAUGAGAGGCUGUACCAUUUAAUUCACCCCUAUGUCUGUUGUAAGACAGUUUCUUAUAACUCACCUCUGAGUCACUAUCUAAAACAUAGUAUCAUUUCCUUAUGACUAAAACACACUGCAUCUCCCUCUGAACGUGUUACUCAUUUGCACAUUCUUAUAAAGCUUUACCUCCUUGUGAUGCUUCACCUCACCAUACCUGCCACUGACAAAAUCACAAAAGGCACCAUGACAAUAUAGUUGUGAAGUACUAAGUGUGGAGAUAAAUAUUACAAAAAAAUAAAAAAAAAUGUAGAGAUGGACAAUAUUUUUGUAAUGUUAUAUAUAUUUUAAAUUGUUUUAUUAAAGUUUAUUUUAUAAUGA